AUGAGAGUUUAUCAGUGUCACUUCUGUUCAUCACCUGUAUACCCACUUCAUGGGAUAACUUUUGUUCGUAAUGAUGCUAAAGAAUUUAGAUUCUGUCGUUCAAAAUGUCAUAAAGCCUUCAAACAACGUCGUAAUCCACGUAAAUUGAGAUGGACCAAAGCAUUCAGAAAAGCUGCUGGUAAAGAAUUGGUGGUUGAUUCGACUUUAACUUUUGCUGCUAGAAGAAAUGUUCCAGUUAGAUAUAAUAGAGAUCUUGUGGCUACUACAUUGAAAGGUAUGAGCAGAAUAGAAGAAAUUAGACAAAAGAGAGAAAGAGCAUUCUACAAGAAUAGAAUGAAGGAUAACAAGGAAAGAGAUUUUGCUGCUGAUAAGAAAUUGGUUGAAGAUAAUCCAGAGUUGUUGAGAUUAAGAGAAGUCGAGUUGAGAAGAAAGGCCGAGAAACAAGCAGCUAAGGAGAAUGCUAUAGAAGAGGAAGAAUUGGAAGAGGAGGAGGAGGAAGAUGAAGAGAUGAUGAGUGAAGAUGAAGAAAUGGAAAGCCAAAGUGAAAGUGAAAGUGAAGAGGAGACUGAAAAGGUUAAGCAAAAGGUAUUGUUAAAGAACAAGGGAAAGACGAGAAGAUGA